AUGUACAGCUCAGCUGGGAUUAUUUUGUGUUCGCUCUUCGCACUGUCAAGUGCCCAUCCAGGGGGCGUGGGCAUUCUUGGUGCUCCGCCUAGCUUGCUGCAGGGCUUGAAGUUACGCGACCAUGAUCAUCAUGGUGAAGCACAACCAGCGCUCUCCCUCCGCGACACUCCCAACUGCGGCACACAGGCCAACAAUGCAUCAUGUCCCACCGGGCAGUGUUGUUCCCAGGAUGUAAAGCCCUCCAGCUAUAUACUCCAAUUCCUCACAUACUCUUACUGAAUACCAUCUUAGGGCUUCUGCGGGACAGGCAGAGCAUUCUGCGAUGCUCCUCAAUGUCAAUUCCGCUUCGGACCGGCUUGCGAUGCCAACAUACUCCCUCAGGGCACGAAUACGUCGUCCGUCCCCCGCCCACAGCUGGGUAGUGUCCCAUACAGUCCGCAGCAAAUCUGGAAUUGUACCGAAGACAAGACUGUGGCUCUCACAUACGAUGACGGGCCUUACUUGUACUCUCUCGACCUCUACAAAAUCCUCGCCAAGUACAAUGCCAAAGCAACAUUCUUCGUGACCGGUGUCAAUAUUGGCAAGCAUGCAAUCGAUAACACGAGCACUCCUUGGCCGCAGUUGCUCAAGUAUGCAUAUGAUAGGUGAGUCGAAGAGCUUUUGCUCGAAUCAAAGCAAGCAUUGACGCCUCGAAGUGGUCACCAAAUUGGACAACAUACCUGGAGCCAUCCCGAUCUCGACAAGAUCACGCAAGCCGAGCGAUACACCGAGAUCACAAAACUGGAAAUGGCACUUCGCAACAUCUUGGGAUUCUUCCCAACUUACUUCCGUCCACCAUACGAAGACUGUCACACAUCGAGUGGCUGUAUGAGUGACAUGCAGGCUCUCGGGUAUCACACAGUAAGUUUCCCGGCCAUUGCUCUCCACAUUGAUCUAACGACCCCUCUUCAGAUCAUGCAAAACGUCUGGACAGACGACUACGUCAACUACACCCCAGAACUCUAUGACCAGCUCGUUUCAAACUUCACAGAAGGCAUCAGCGGCGCCAACGCAAGCAAUAAUCACAUCAUCUACGCCCACGAGCAGGAAAAGCCGACCGUGUAUAACCUGACGGACUACAUGAUCCAGACUUUGUCCAAGGAUGGAUACAGGUUUGUUACUGUUGGAGAGUGUCUCGGUGAUCCGGCGGAGAAUUGGUAUCGCGAUGCGUCGACUGGUGGGCCUGUGCCGGUGAAGAUUUUUGGGGUUGGUGCGCCCAAGGCUCCGUUGACUCUGAAUGCGGCGAGUUCGAGCUCGUCGAGUAGCCAGGGUGCUUCUUCUUCGGGUACAAGCGCUGCCGUGCAGAAGUCUGCAGCACCGCGCUUCGCUGUGUUUGCGCCAACUGCGGCUACUGCCUGGGCUCUUUGUGCGAUGAUCGCAGCGUUGAACUUGUUGUUGCUUUGA